UCCAAGAGGGAGAGGGAGGGAGAGGAGAGAGUUUGCCCCACAUCUUAGUUGCUAUAACUACUCUGUGUUACGACAGGCGGGGAUGAUGAAGCCGUCUGCAGGCGACACACCACACGGAUCCACCUCUGAUGCUCCUCACAGAGUUUGUCCAUAAUCAACAUUAAAGGAGAGGAGGAAGGUGUCCUGUGAGCUGUCGGGAGGAAACCGGAGGAAAACUGCAAACGGAGUCUAAAACAAAGACAGAAAAAUAUCUUUAUCCGUUUUCUGGAUCUUAAACUUCACAGGAAACAGUUUCACAGAUCCUCCAGGUGCGACUGUUUGUGUGUGUGUGUGAUUGGGACCUGGUGUGUGUCAGGGUGCUAUGGUGAGGCUAUGUGCACAGGCUGGCACAAGGAGAGAUGUACCAUCGUCAGUGGAGGAAGACAGAGAGGUAAAGGAGUGCAUUUUCAUUCAUGGCUGCGCGUCUCGCUCCUGUUCUCGGCUCUGUGGGGCCAAGUGUUCCCCCAGUGCCCGGACAGCUGCCACUGUGCCUGGGACACGGCCACGGUGCUGUGCUCAGACGCCGGGCUGCGGGAAAUCCCAGAGGGGAUCCCACCAGAUACUGUCUCCCUCCAUCUGGAACGCAACUACAUCCGAAACAUCCCCCAGAGUGCCUUCAGCGAUCUGGUCUACCUGCGUGACCUGUACCUUUCCCACAACCGCAUCGACUCACUCGCCUCGGGGGCCCUGCAGCACCUGGGUCCCGAGCUCCGCCUGCUCGACCUCUCACACAACCAGCUGAGGCAGGCCAGCAAGGAGGAGUUCGGCUCCACCCGUGCAAAGACACGCCUCUACCACAACCCCUGGCACUGUGACUGCGCCCUCCAGGAGCUGAUGGAGACUCUGUACCUGGAGCCCGAGACAGUGAAUGGGAUUGUUUGUGAGAGCUCUGUGAGGGGGGUGGGUGAGGGCAGCAGGUGGGAGGACCCGGGGUCACAGGGCGAGCACGCAGGUCAACCGAUGGUCAAACUGUUGGAUUCUGGGGUGAAUUUCUGCAGCCUGCAGAGGAAAACCACUGAUGUAGCCAUGCUGGUGACAAUGUUUGUAUGGUUCUUCAUGGUCAUCGUGUAUGUCGUGUACUACGUGAGGCAGAACCAAGCUGAGGCCCGCAGGCAUUUGGAGUACCUGAAGAGCCUGCCCAGCCCACGCAAGACCCCCACAGAGACAGACACUCUGAGCACUGGUUUCUAAACUCCUGCUCAGCUUCAACUUCAAUGGAAUAACAUGAAAAUGGAAUUUUUAUGGAGAGCGACUGAUAAAAUUCCACAACUUGCUAUAUGGAGUUACUGGAAGAUGCUCAUCCAGAGGAAAUGAACCCUUUACAGCUGUCUUUUGUGACUGUAAUAUUUCUUUAUAUUUGUUACAAUUGAGCCCACCUACCACAUUGUUCUUUAGAUUUCUUUACCUAUUAUACUUUUCUUAAUUUAAAGGUACAGUGUGUGGGAUUUAGGGGAUAUAUUGCCAGAAAUGGAAUAUAAUAGGUAUGAUUUCUGUCGCAUAUAGUCACCUGAAAAUAAGAAUAAUUGUGUUUUUGUUACCUUAGAAUGAGCUGCUUAUAUCUGCAUAGGAAGCGGCUCCUUUUCUAUGGAGUCCACCAUUUUGUUUCUACAGUAGCCAGGAAUGGACAAACCAAAUACUGGCUCUAGGUAGAGCCAUUUGCGUUUGCAUCUCAUGUUUUUGCAUUGGCCACCAUAGUUAGCAGCCCCUCUGUGAUAAUAACGUCAAAACACUGAUU